UUGACGUCUUCAAAAGUCCAUUCAGAAACAAACGUUAACGCAUCGCUACAAUGCCAAAAUCGAAUAAAUCCCAUAAGAAAAAGUCACGAAGACGUGACUCUUCCUCCGCCUCGUCUUCAUCAGAAGCAAGUGAAAGUACCAACGCAAGCAGCAGCGAUGGAAGGGACCGAAGAAAUCGCAAACAUCAUCGACGAGACCGAAGUAGGGACAGAAGCGCAGGCAGACAUCGAGAUCGGGACAGACGCGGUGCAGGAUCAUCAAAACGUAAGUCCCGUGACAGGAGAAGUAGAAGCAGAAGCAAAAGCCGGCAUGCGAAGAAAGAUAAGAAGUCUUCCGACAAGCAGAGAGGACGAUCCCGCAGCGACUCUUCAUCAAGUGACAAAUCCGUCAAACUUCUGAAACGUCUAGAAGGGAACCGCCUUAAGGAAGCCCUAGAGCGGAAACGGCGCAAGGAAGAGCUCAAAGCUAAGGAGACACCUGAGGAGAAACGUGCUCGUCGCCUUCGUGAGAAACAGUUGAAGGAAGCAAAGCGUCGCGAACGAAUGGGCUGGGACAAUGAGUACCAACACUACACAAACCAAGACAAUCCUUUCGGUGACGCUCAUCUGACUUCCACUUUCGUCUGGGGCAAGAAACUGGAGAAAGAAGGUUUUAAAAACGUCCCGUCGGAAGCUGUAGAGGCGUUGAAUCGUAGAAAGCAACUAGAAAACAAAGCCGAACUGGAGAAGGUGAAAAAACGACGACAGGAACGUGAACUUGAACGACUCAAACGAGAAGAGGAGAUGGUCCUGAUGCAACGAUCCAAAGAAGCUGCACAGUUCGAAGAGUGGGAACGUCAGGAGGAUCGGUUCCAUUUGGAGCAGGCAAGACUUCGCAGUAAAAUUCGAAUUCAGGAUGGAAGGGCGAAGCCUAUCGAUCUUCUGGCUCAGUACAUCUCCAAUUCGAACCUUGAGGAAUCCAUUGAAAUGCAAAUGCACGAACCGUACACUUUCCUGAACGGGCUGAGUCUUCAAGACCUCGAGGACCUGCUAGUCGAUAUCAAUGUCUACAUCGAACUGGAAAAAGGGAACAACUCGGAGUUCUGGGAGGACAUGACCGUCAUCGUUCAAGACGAGCUGCAGAAACUCCGCAAAAUGCAGCUGGGCAAUGAGUACCAAGUGACUGCUGGCAGACGCGAAGGCAUACAUCAAAGUGUUGCGCGCGACGUAACUGAUAUAUUCCGUGGCAAGAGCACGGGGGAAUUGUCGCAACUCAAGACAAGAAUUGAAGCUAAAAUUUCAGGAGAUAGCGAUGGGGUGGACAUUGGUUACUGGGAGAGUCUUUUGUCGCAACUGAAGGCACACAUGGCGCGAGCCCGACUUAGAGACAAGCAUCAAGAAAUGUUGCGACAUAAACUUGAAAUGCUGAAGAGCGAACAGAAGGAAGUGACUGAGCCAUCAUCGGUCGAUGUCAAGGAGGAAUUCGAAUCAAUGGAUGAGUCUAGCCAGGACAAACAAUCAGACCGUGAAGAACCCAUCGAAGACGAGGGACAGAUGGUCUUGGACUCAUGCUUCAAAGUUUACGAUGAAGGCCGAUAUAGUCCGAAAUACCUCCAACAGUCCGAUCUUGAACCCGAAAUAAUCCUCAUCGAUCCAAAUGAGGACGAAGAAAAGUUGGAAUCGCAACGCGCACAACUCUUGGAACAAGAAUGCGACGAUGGCAUUCCUUAUACCCGCGAAGAGAUGCUUUUGGAUAAGGAGGCGCGCAAGGGAAUGAACGACGAGGAGGCGGAAUUCUCGGUGGAAACGAAACUCGACUCGCAGGUGUACCUCUGGUCGGAUAAAUAUCGACCCCGUAAGCCGCGGUACUUCAACCGAGUGCAUACGGGCUUCGAGUGGAACAAGUACAACCAAACCCAUUAUGACAUGGAUAAUCCGCCACCGAAGAUCGUGCAAGGAUACAAGUUCAACAUUUUCUAUCCGGAUUUGAUCGAUAAGAACACGACCCCGCAGUACUUUUUGACUCCUUGCAAUGACAACAAAGAUUUCGCGAUAUUGAGAUUUCAUUCCGGACCACCCUACGAGGACAUCGCCUUCAAAAUAGUCAACAGAGAAUGGGAGUUCAGCUACAAGCGAGGAUUUCGGUGCCAGUUCCAUAACAAUAUAUUCCAGCUUUGGUUCCAUUUCAAGAGAUAUCGAUACAGAAGAUAAGAAUUUUGUCAGGAAUAUGUAAUUUGCUCAUAUUUUAGGACGAUUUGUGGAGUCGUUUUUCAAUUUGGUUUGAACAAAGAAUACUGAGGAUUCCAUUGUAAAGUUGACAUCAAUAAGUUUAAGUUGAGAUUGUUUAUAUCACAUAAUGUUGAUAUCGAAAAUAAAUACUUUUAAGAUAUUUUGAGUUA